GGACAGUCCACCAUGAUUCCGGCCCCGUUGAGAGCUUCACCGGUACUGAGGACGAUCCGCCCCCGGACUCUUGCGGCAACCGGUCUCGUGCGGUCGUCGGCUUCCUUCACGAGACGUCCUGUCCCGAUCCUUCAUCCCAGCGCAUGCCAGAAUGUCCCGAGCGUGCUCCGCGCAGUCAUGUCCACGAAGCCGCCGUUGCGGCCGAACAAGAUCGAUAAAGAGUUCGAGAAACAGGUGGCGAAGAAGAAGCUCGAGCCGCGCCCGGAAGAGGUGUCGCGCGCCUCCUCGGUUCGGCAAGUCUUCAAAAAAAGUCAGGCACCACCACCAAGUGAAGAGCCGGACCUCAUGGCAGGGUUGAGAGGUGACCUGAAUACUGUCAAAGAGACGUUCGCGCUCGCUACUGUCCCGCGAGUACCGUUCGCCCUCGGUCUUGCCGGCACGUUGCCCUACCUGGCUACCUCCCUGUCCACUCUCGUCCUGGCGUGGAACCUGAACAAUGAAUGGCCGACACGGUCGAGGUUCGCCAACGCCUUCCUUUUCAACCACGAGCAGGCCGCACACUGGCUGCACAUACUGGAGCCGAUUCAGGUCGGCUACGGAGCCGUCAUCAUCUCGUUCCUUGGUGCGAUACACUGGGGCCUGGAGUUUGCCGAGAAGCAGACUGUCGAGAACCGGGCGCGCCUGCGGUACGGAAUUGGCGUCCUAGCGCCGGCUGUGGCAUGGCCGACGAUCUUCAUGCCCAUCCAGUGGGCGCUCACCGCCCAGUUUGCCGCCUUCUGUGUCCUGUACUAUGUCGAUUCCCAGGCGACCGUCAAGGGCUGGACUCCGACCUGGUACGCGUCCUACCGGUUUGUGCUUACCGGGGUAGUGGGCAUUGCUCUCGUCAUUAGCCUCAUCGGCCGCGCGAAGGUCGGCGAGGGACGACUGCACCUGUCUUCGGGCGAAUUGGCCGGCCGGAUCAGGGCAAAGCCCACUGCCGGCUCGGAUCGCGAUUGGGCGAAGGAGGAGGAGGACGAAAGGAAGAGGAUCAAGGAGCAGAGAAAGCAGGAAGAAGAGAAAAAGAAGGAGGAAGAGGAAGAGAAGGUCAGAAAGGAGGAAGAGGAGAAAAAGAAGCAGGCAGAGAAGGACGGCGCGGCAGACUCGCGUAAGAAGGGGGAAGAGCAGAAGGAAGAGCGGGACAGUCAAGCGGAUGGAGCGGCGUUUGACAGUAACAAGGACUCGGGCGGAAAUGAGAGUGGAAAAGGCGGCGGAAGUCAAAAGGAUGAACAGAAGUGAACGAUCUUUGGACAUGCUCCCGCGUUGGUUGAAGAUCCUAAUGGGUAUUUGCCGAUGGAGCAGAUCAGAAGGGGGCGCUCUAGGUAGGAAGGAGCAAAAGGCUGGCUUACAGGUGUAGGCUAUUUGCGCGAAUUUGGAUUAUGCAAGAACCUAAACCUAAUGUCAUUUUAAUUUCAGAGUGGUAAAACAGAAAGUUCAGGCUACAAGAUCUGUGGGAGGUAAUUAAAUGGAUGCCCUG